AUGUCUGUUAUUGCCCUUCCUCCAGAAGAGGAGAAAGAACUGCAGAAAACGGUACAGGAUAUAAUUGGACUGGGGAAGAAAGCUGAGCUUGAACAGAAGAUUGAUCCCAGUAUUCUUGGUGGGCUUUUGGUGGAAUUUGGGCAAAAGGUUUUCGACAUGUCCAUUAAGACUAAGGCACAACAGAUGGAGGGGGUCCUUCCUGAGCCCGUUAGCGUUAAUCCUUAA